AUGACUGAAGAUACUUCCGGAACUCCAAAGCCUCCGCUCGAAUCCAGACUCGGCCGUGAUUCACCUUUCGAUUUUGGGCAGAGAUAUUUAAAGGACGAAAAACAGGUAUUCAAUUGCAAUGCUUGGGACAACGUGAACUGGGACGACGAACAAUUAGGAGAGAUCAAAGAAAAGAUAAGGUUGCAGCAAGAGCAUCCUGUCAGUGAUUUUGAUAAGCGCCGAUUCAAUGCACAGCCGGAGAAAUUUUGGGACUUGUUUUAUAAGCACAACCAGGAAAACUUCUUCAAAGACCGAAAAUGGUUGGAGAUCGAGUUCCCGGUUCUCUAUGAGGCAACUAAGAAGGACGCGGGACAUAAAGUGAUUUUAGAGAUCGGAUGUGGUGCAGGUAACACAAUGUUCCCGGUUCUCAGCAAGAAUGAGAAUCCGGGACUAAUGGUGUACGGAUGCGAUUUUUCGAAAGUGGCCGUUGAUUUAGUGAAGGGCAAGGAACAGUACGAAGGGUUAAAUAGAACAGGAAACUGCCAAGCAAGUGUAUGGGAUCUGGCCAAUGAGGAAGGGAAGCUUCCAGAGGGUCUAGAUGCUCAUUCAGUUGAUAUUUCGGUGAUGAUCUUCGUUUUCUCUGCGUUAAAUCCAAGCCAAUGGCACUUUGCGGUGGAAAACAUGAAGAAACUAAUGAAACCAGGCGGUAAGAUUUUAUUCAGAGAUUAUGCAAGGUAUGAUUUGGCCCAGGUUAGAUUCAAAAAGGAUCGUUUACUUGAGGAAAAUUUCUAUAUCAGAGGAGAUGGUACACGAGUGUACUUUUUCACGGAGGAUGAGAUUAGGCACAUUUUUGUGGACCAAUGUGGCUUUAAAGAGCAACGGAUAGCGACGGAUCGACAGCUAUUGGUCAAUAGAAAGAAACAAUUAAAGAUGUAUCGUUGUUGGCUUCAGGCAGUGUUUGAAGUUGGGUUGUGA